AUGGAGCUGGGACGAACCUGGGACACGUGGUGCAAGAAUGAGUUCCUCCACAACAUGCGGGCGAAGGGACGGCUGCCGCGGCCCGAGGGCGAGGCCCGCGUGCGCAAGAUGAAGGAGUCCGCCAACACCUCGGAGCGGCUCUUCCCGUCCGAGGAGCAGCUCAUGGGGGACGCGACGAAGACGCUCGGCAAGCUGCACAAGCUCGAAGAGAAGGCCAAGGCCCGCAAGGCCCUGAAGAAGAAGGUGAAGGAGCUGGAGACGAAGCUGGUGGCCGAGCGGAUGCACACGCAGCAGAUUGAGCAGGAUCUGCUGGCAAUGCGGGCGCAGGCGGCCAACACGUCGCCCGGCGGGACAGCCAACCCGGUCAACUUCGACGAGCAGGACUGA